AUUAGUAUUCUCCUCCUACGGUCCUUGAUAAAAACUAGAGAUGGUAAAAAGUUUUGGAUGCAUGACCAAGUUCGAGAUUUGGGAAGGUACAUUGUCCUCGAAGAAUAUCCUUGCAAAGAAAAUCCUCACAAAUUUAGUAGGGUAUGGAUUCAAGAGGAUGCUUUAAAGCUAUUGGAAGAAAAGAGAGAAAUCCAGACGUAGAAGCACUAAGCCUUACUCCCAAUGGCUGUAGCCGCAACUUUACACCUGAAGAGUUUGCUGCUCUACCAAAUCUAAGGUUCCUUCGAGUGAAAGAGUUUGAUUUUUGUGGCAACUUCGAGAAUCUUCUUUUGGAGCUAAGAUGGCUUUCUUGGCAAACAUGGGAAACAACUUUUCAUGCGAAUAACUUUCACUUUAGCAAUUUGCUCGUGCUCGACCUUUCAUAUAGCAAUAUUGGAGAUGGCUGGGGUGGGUGGGGCCAAAUGAAGAUGGAUAAAUUGAAGAUUCUAGAUCUGACGGGUUGCGUAAGGUUAAAAAAGACACCCAAGUUCUCUAAUUUCAUGUCUUUGGAGAAGCUAAUUCUUGCUGGGUGUGACGAGUUAACCACGAUUGACCGCUCCAUUGGUAAGCUAGAACACCUAACUACUUUGAAUAUCAAGGGAUGCAGGUUGCUUGGGGAGUUACCGGAAGAAGUCGGUGCUCUACAAUCUUUGACAGAGGUUAUCAUGCCCCAGACUUUUCAAUGCUUCAAACUUUCGGAGGCAUUUGGCAUUCUGAAAUCUUUGUCGAGUUUGAUAUUAGACGAGCACCUUGGAAUCAACCAACUUCCAAGCUAUAUUGGAGGGUUAGUGAAAGUUACAUAUUUAUCUUUACGUUGGUGUGUGGGGAUACAAAAGCUUCCAUGCUCUCUUGGAAAAAUGGAAAUGUUGGGCGAGUUGGAUUUAUCAAUGUCAGGAAUAAUUGAAUUACCUGUUUCCAUUGGAGAUAUGAAGAAACUAAAAGUCAUUAGAGUAAGCUAUACAAUGAUAAGAAAGUUUCCUCGUACGAUCGGACAGGUGGAGAUGCUUGAAGAAUUACAUGCCAAGAAAUGUUGGGAUCUAACAAAUGAAAAUAUAGAGGAAUUUGGGAAGCUAUCCCAUUUGAAGAUAUUGGACUUAUCAUAUACUCAUGUAUCUAGAUUCCCCGCAGUGCUAGGUUGUCUCUCUCAUCUCCACACACUUGAAUUGGGUUCGAGUGACCUUCAGGAAGUACCUGAUCUUCCCUCGAGUUUGACACGCCUUCACAUGCAAGCACGUCAGUUUCAAUCUAUCCUUAACCUCUCAAGUCUUGUUAAUUUAGAUUAUCUGGAAUUAUCUACAUUAACUGUUUCAAGAGAGGAACCUAACCCAAGUUGGAUAAACAAUUUGCCAGUAAAACAAUUGAUCCAUCCGCUUCCAAGUGGCUUGUCAACUUUGAAAUGCAGGGGCAUCAUGCUACUACCAUCUCUUUCCAACUUGAGAAAAUUAUCAGUUCUGUGUGUCAUCGAAUAUCCAAUGCCAUACUUCUCUAUCUCUCAGGGGCUAAUAUAUUUAACGGAAUUGAAACUGAGUAAGUGCAAAUUUGUUGAGAUAAUAUAUGUGUCAUGCUUGAAGAAUCUACAGCACCUGGAACUAAACAGAUUGGACAGGUUGGUUAAGAUUGAAGGUUUGUCAGAAUUGGCAUCCUUGUUGCACUUUCGUAUUUCUGACUGCUAUAUGAUAGAAAGGUUACCCAACUUAUCAAAGUUAGAUAAGCUGCAACACAUUGAGCUAGAAGCUUGUCCAAAAAUAAAAGCAAUUGAGGGUAUCAAGGGCUUAGAAAGGUUGGUGUGGGAUAAUCGUGGUUGCAUUGUACUAGAGAGAUUGCUGGAUGUCUCAAGAUCGACUUGGAUUUCCCGCAAAAUACCAGAGUGCCAGGUUUUCCUGAGUUUUAAUGGACCGGACACUUCUAUUAGCAUUGUCGAUGUCCUUUACAAGAAUUUGGUUCGUAAUCAAAUUUCGGUUAACAGGGAUGAUGACAUAUUGAGCUUUGGUGAUGGAAUUGGCGAAGAGCUUCCGCAGGCACUCAACGACUACCAUAUCUACAUACCCUUCUUAUCUAAGAACUAUGCUUCUAACUGGAGGUGUCUCCGUGAAUUAGCCCACAUGGUAAAAUGCACGUCAAACUCACACGGGAAAAAAAUAAUCCUUCCCAUUUUCUACGAUGUGGAGGUUGAUGAUGUUAAUCUUAAAAGCGCUUUGUACAGAAGUGCCCUAGAUAAGCAUAGGUGGAAAUUUGGCAACGAAGUGGAGGAAUGGGAAAUGGCUCUAAGAGAGAUCGCGCACAUGAGGCAGUUCAACAUGAAUGGUAACAGCCAUGGAGAACUAAUUGAAUCGGUUGUUAGAGAGGUUUCACGCAAGCUUAGGGGCAAAAAUGUGGAUGUGCCUGAACAUUUGGUUGAGGAUCACAAUCAGAUAGAAGUGAUAAUAGAUAAGUUGGAUGUUGACUCUGGUGGUGUCCGUUUUGUUGGGAUACAUGGAAUGGGUGGUAUCGGUAAAACAACACUUGCAAGGUUGUGUUCAACAAAUUACUUCUUCAGUUUGACAGUGUUAGUUUCCUCCAAAACGUUCGAGAAUCAUCCCAACAUAGUCUUGAUGGUCUUGUAAACUUGCAGAAAAAGUUAUUAUCGAAUGUUAUUGGU